AUGGUGUGUCCAGUCGCUGCCCUUGCGCUUUCGUUUCUGCUCGGUUCCGCUAGUCAUGCAAACGAUUUCUACACCUAUAGAUGGAGUUGUGGUGUGGUUCAUCUACCGUCAAUCUCACGGGUAAUAAAUAUGCCACUGGAACGGACUAUUUUUCAGCUGCUUAUUUUGUACUCAGUUCCAUUAAGGCUAAUCAUACUGUUUCAACACUGUAAGUUGUUAACCCAUUGUCUAUCUGUAGCUUUGCUCUUUUUAUUAUUUAUGAUUUUUAAUUGGACCAUUCAUUUUAAGAACUACAGUAACGACAUGCGAAGGUUGGCAAUCAAUCGGCAAGGCAGAGAUUUAUGCAAUUCGGUGACCCUUAGCCAAAGCGUCCUCGUUCUGCUUAUUGAUUUCAAAGCACUCACGUUUGAAGACAAUUUAUUCUACUAA